AUUUAGUCCGCUGAGCCUGCUUAUGCUUGCCUCUACAGGAUUUGAAUCAAGUAUUUUGAAGAAGUCCUUUUGGGUUUUUUCACUGGCUCCGAAGUGGUGUUUGCUUGUCAAGUUGUCGAAUUAUAUUGGCACAGCCGCUAAUUAUGUUGUCAAGAAUCUGCCUCCGGCGGAUUGAAUCGUUUUACUCCAGGGUUAAUGGCCAAAGUCCACGGUCAUCGAAGGCUAAAGUCUUUUCCAAUCUACCCUCCCGGUUGCUACAACUUCGGAAAUCUCUGCACACUACGGAAUUUGGAACUAGGAAAGUAUCCAUGACAUCCAAUUGCGAAGAAUCAAACGCCGCAAACUGUCAAUUGCCCCCAAAACCACUCAUCAGAAUGGCCCUGUCCGAUGCUACGGUUGAGUUUUGCAACUGUAGCAUAUCUACUCCAACUCUACAAUGCUACAAGCAGCAGGAAGCAGCGGAUCAGGCGCGAUCCCGCAUCGAGGACAUGAUAUCUUCACUUCCAUUAGUUCGGUAUCUCCGUUCUGUUGCAACGAAAUCGUCAUCUCAAGCCCUUAACCAGUACAAAGAGACCCGUCCAUAUCAGACGAUGCAUUCCGCUGCGCGCUCCACCCACCUUGUUGUGAACUCAUUUUUGUGCCCGGAGAAACUUGCGGUUGAUCCGCACUUCUUCAUUAGCACACACCAACAUCACCGAGUAAUUGCUACAUGUUAUGUGGGACCUCAACUUUGUGGGCACGCCGGAUAUGUCCAUGGCGGGGUUCCAUUUUUACUAUUUGAUGAUUUGUUCGCACGGUGCGCGUCGACACUAUUUGAUAGCGGCGUGGCGAUGACAGCAAACAUGAACAUUGAUUUUCGCAAGCCAGCCAUCCCGGAUCGAGUUUACUUGUAUCGCGCGGAAACAGUCAUGACAGAGGGGCGAAAGGCGUGGUUGACCGGUCAGAUGCGAUGCAUGAAUCCAUUCACUGCAGAUGAGAUGUUAAACCGAAGAGCGGCAGUGAGUGAUGAAGUGAGCGAAGAGGAGGAAAAUGAAGGCAUUUUAGUGGCGGAAGCCACUGCCUUGUUUGUUGAACCGAAAUUCGAAAAGACCAUGGUGGCGCUCUUUCCGGAAUAGUUCUGUUCGGUUUCACGUUUCCUCACCGAGUGACUCGGAGAUUGCUAUUGGAGAUGACAAUAUGAUCCAAUGGAAGGCUUUCCAUACUGUUAUUGUUGAUAA